GGUUUCCCAUGAUGCAAUGCGUAUCUGUCAUGGCUGCUCACUGUUGCUUCUCACUGCACAUGGGUUGAAAUUAACAAAUGUAUACAAUUACAUUGAAAUAGGCUACAUUACAGCAGUAAGGAUAUAUAUUGACAAUUACGCCGAUCUUGGUUGGAAACAGUAUUGACGUCUUUGUACGACUGUUACAAAUCACAUUUUGAGAUGGUGCGGGAAGCUGAGAUUCCCGUGCUCCGAGGUUUUCUGAAACCAAGCGAGGCAACGGAAUGGAAGCAGAAUGUUUUCAGCUCUGCAGAGGCGGGUCCCCUGCUGCAGUCCCUGUUCGAUGGAGACUUUGAGGCGGUGCUGCUGAGUCCUCAAGUCCUGGACCUGCUCGGUGGUGGAGACGGCAGCGAUAGAGAGUCCAUCGAUGCCUACCUGGAGAGACGGGUCCUGGCCUACCUCAACGACAGCACACAGGAGGACAAGGCUGACCGGGAGAAUGCCUUGCUGGCUCUGGCGGUGGCCUGCUUGCACCUCUUUGCCCAGAGUAACUGGACGGGUCCACCUGUCGCCAUCCAUGUCCCUGACCUGCUUCCUCCGGCCCUGCUCAUCUCCCUCACUGAGCCUGGGGCCCUGACCUCAGCCCUGCUCAGCAGUCUUCUCCUGGAUGGAGAGUCGGUGUACUGCCUGGUGGGGAAUCCCUUCCUCCUGCUGCUGGCCAGGGUCCUGCUGGUCAACUGCUCUGCCAAGCUGGAUAGCCUCCAGCUGCUGCCAUGGUGGACCCUGCGCUACGUGAGCCUACACCAGCAGGUCUUGGAGGAGCGCUCUCCUCAGCUCCUCAGCCUGGCCCAAAGCAGCAUAAAGAAAGUAAUGAAGUGUGAGUCUCUGUUCUCUGAGGGAACCCUCCGGAACCUGUCCAUCCAGUUCCACCUGGAAUGUGGCUACACGUCUCUGACCUACUAUGAGUACAACCCAGCCAAGGAGCACUUUCAACGGGCCAAGGAACUCUCUGGCCUAGAUAUGAACAUGAUAGGUGCUCUGGGCAAACGGACUCGUUUCCAGCAGAACUUCCUUGCCCAGCUGAUCCUGGAUGUCAAGCGUAAGGAAGACAUCCCAGCCCCUGAGCCAGACAGUGAGCUGACCCUCUCCCCCACCCCACUGGCCAGCCUGCCCAAGGACCAUGACCUCAGUGAUGACACUGUGUUGAACCAGAUCAACCUUGCUGAGCCUGGACAGUACCAGAUGCCGGACCUCAGCGGUGAGGAGCAGGCCGUAAUCCUGGGAAUCUGCACUGAUUUCCAGAAAAACAACCCAAUCCAUAAGCUGACUGAAGAAGAGCUCCUGGCCUUCACCUCAUGCAUAUUGUCUCAGCCCAAGUUCUGGGCGGUGGAGGUGACAGCACUGUGUCUAAGGACCAAGCUGGAGAAGGGCAGCUCUCGGCGGGUGGAGAGGGCCAUGAUGCAGACACAGACUAUAGUGGAUUACUUUGAGGAGAAGAGCUGUCCUGUGACGGAGCGUCUGAAACUCUUCUACUGCUGCCAAGCUCCUCCCAGAUGGGCUGUCCAGAAGCAGCUCGCCAGCCUGCUGACAGACCUGGGCUGCACGAGCUCAGCCCUGCUAAUCUACGAAAAACUGGAGCUGUGGGAGGAUGCUGUCAUCUGCCUGGAGAGGAUGGGCCAGCAUGGCAAGGCAGAGGAGAUCCUGCGUAGGGAGUUGGAGAAGAAGGAGACCCCCAGUCUGUACUGCCUGCUGGGCGACGUGCUGCGUGACCAGCAGUACUACGACCAGGCCUGGGAGCUGUCGAACCAUCGCAGCGCCCGCGCCAUGCGCUCCAAGGCCCUGCUGCACCUCCGGGCCAAGGACUUCCAGCAGUGUGUGGAGUGCUUCGAGAAGUCACUCCGCAUCAACACCAUGCAGCUUGGGGUGUGGUUCUCCCUGGGCUGUGCCUACUUUGCCCUGGAGGGCUAUGAGGGUGCUGCCAAGGCCUUCCAGAGGUGUGUGGGACUGGAGCCAGAUAACGCAGAGGCGUGGAACAACCUCUCCACGGCCUACAUCCGCCUGAGACAGAAGACGAAGGCUUUCCGCACCCUGCAGGAGGCUCUGAAGUGUAACUACGAACACUGGCAGAUCUGGGAGAACUUCAUUGCCGUUUGCACCGACGUGGGAGAGUUCGCAGAGGCCAUCAAGGCCUACCAUCGCCUUAUGGACCUGAGGGACAAGUUCAAGGAUGUGCAGAUUCUAGAGAUCCUGGUGCGAGCGGUGGUGGAGGACAUGACAGAUAACCAUGGCGACCAGGCGUCAUCUCUGCGGGCCAAGGUCCAGGAGCUCCUGGGGCGCGUCACGUCUCGCCACAGCACUGACGCUGAGAUCUGGCGUCACUACGCCCUGCUCUACGGAGACGGCCACAGCACCAGGCCUGAGGACAACGAGAAAGCUUUGCAGUUCCUGUCCAAGGCCCAUCGCUGUGAGGUGCAGGUCAGCGGCUGGGAGAAAGACACUGGGACCUUCAAGGAGGUGAUAAGGAGAGCCAUAGAUCUUGCCAACGUGACCCUCAGCUGUAGUAAAAAGAAGAGUAACCCCCAGGAGGCAAUGCAGAUGUUGUCCUCCACUCGUCUCAGCCUGAGAAGCCUGGCAACCAAAGCCAAGCAACUGCACACAGAUGUUGCUUCUGGGGAGAUCCAUGGCGACCUGAUUGAUCAAGUCAAAGAGCUGGAACAGCUUAUCAUGGAGCUGCAGGACCAGAGUGGCCAGCUGCGCAGCGAAUCAGCAUGAAUGCCUCAGUAUAGACACACCUCUAAGGACCUCCUACAGUAAACUUGUCCCAGAGCAGACAUGGCUCCUAGGGACACUGUCAGGUGACCUGCACCCCUCACCCUGGUCCUUACCAAGAGUACUUUAGACGCUUUUACAGGGAAGAAGAGAUGCGACUAACUGUAAAGGACUGUGAUACACCUCGUAUGUACUAAGGGUAAUUUGGUAUAAUUCCCCCCUUGAGGCGUGUAGUGUAAAGCAUGGUUAAGGAAUGCUAGCUCAACCCAGCAGGUCAUCAAAAAGACACCUUCUCUGCGGAAACUAUAGAAAUCAGGAAAUGUAUACAUUCAUAAAUUGUACAAAGAUGAAGCCUUAUGAUCAUAGAACCAAGCUUGCCUUGUGAGAAUGUAUUAGUCAUAACUCCCCCCCCCCCCCCCAAAGCUGGACUCCCACAGGCGCAGUGAGAGCUCUGCAGAUGAGAAAUGUAAAAAUGUGAAGCAGGACAGGCAAGUGUGGACCUUCAUCACCGGGGAAGCACUCGGCCAUGAAAGUAUCACCUCGCCUCACUCACACAGGACAGACACCAUGGAGGCAGCCCCCGCACAGUACAGCUAUCUCAUCAUCAUCAUGCCUCGGGCCCCAGGGGCUACAGACAGAUCCUACCAUCUUCUCCUCAUGGAUUUUCUCCCAAAUAAAAAUGACCUUGACAUUGUCUUUGUUUUAUCAUACUUGUUGUUUUAUUGCUAUCGUAGAAAUGUUUUUCUUUGCCUGUGCCUCUUUGUCAUGGACUGUGUCUCUGCCUUGCAUUGGAGGAAAGGCCUACAGUGUAGGUGACUUAGGGAGGAAAUUACUUUUAUACGAGUAUAUAUGGACAUGUGUUAUAGACUGAGUACACCAAACCUUUUGCCCUCAGAACAGCCUCAAUUCGUCGGGGCAUGGACUCUACAAUGUGUUGAAAGCAUUCCACAUGGAUGCUGGCCCAUGUUGACUCCAAUGCUUCCCACAGAUGUCCUUUAGGUGGUGGCCCAUUCUUGAUACACACAGGACAUUUUUUAGUGUGAAAAACCCAGCAGCGUUACAAUUCUUGAUACAAACCAGUGCGCCUGGCACCUACUACCAUACAUCGUUCCAAUGGACUUGCAUUUUUUGUCUUACCCAUUUACCUUCUGAAUGGCACAAAUACACAAGCCAUGUCUCAAUUGUUUCAAGGCUUAAAAUUCCUUCUUUAACCUGUAUCCUCCCCUUCAUCUACACUGAUUUGAAAUGGAUUUAUCAAGUGACGUCAAUAAGGGAUCAUAGCUUUCACCUGGUUAGGCUAUGUCAUGGGAAGAGCAGGUGUACUUAAUGUUUUGUAUACUCCGUGUAUGUCAUAGCUGUAGUUCUUUCAUGAAAUUUGAUUUGAUGUUAUUGACUCCCUGUCAAAAUAAAGGUCAUAUGUUAUAAAAA